AUGUCUGCUGUCACCAAACAGAGAGAAGCAGCGAAACAACUUUACCGUAGAAUAAGCCCUUGGCAAACUCGUAUUUUGCGGCUUGAACCUGCUCCUCAUCACGAACAACCUGUGUUUUGCCGCCUUCAAGCUGCCAAUAUCACCGCCUGGGAAGGCCUCGGGAUCGUUGAUGAUGGGAAGGAGAAAGAGAUCCCAUUCGAGGCCUUGUCCUACGAAUGGGGUACCCCAGACUUCACCCAAACCCUGACGGUCAACGGCCUAGAGUAUCCAGUUACCCAGAACUUGUUUUCCGCGCUGCAGCAUCUGCGAGACGACAAUAGACCCCGGUAUCUGUGGGUUGACGCCUUAUGCACCAACCAACACGAUGCAAUUGAAAAAGCGAUACAGGUACGACGGAUGUUUGUCAUAUAUCGCAAGGCAGAGCGGGUCAUCGCUUGGGUGCCUGGCUGGUCUGAAGGAAUGAUUUCCACUCUACGCAGUCUACUGGCGGAGCCCACUUCCGCGGGUCACAUGGAUGGUAGGCGUCAAGAAGAAACCUAUAAGCUUUUGGUUGAUGCAUAUCACCCAUCACUCUUGAGGCGGACUUGGAUUCGUCAAGAGUUCUUCGCUGCCAACGUCAUAAUGUUCCAGUAUGGCAAUCUCAGCCUGUCUUGGGAUCAGUACAGCCAACUAGGUGAUAUAAUUGAAACGGUACGAGCUUCCGAUCCGAUUCCUCGCAAGGAGGAGGAAGAAAUAUGGCAUACAGAUGCGAACAGCUUGCGAUUUCCGGAUGUCGCUGCAGAGAGCCUUGUGCCUCUGAUGCAGGAGCGGUGUGCCGUGAGGCCAGCACGUAUCAACCCUUGGAGCCCGAGUAAUGCCGUUUCACUUCUCGGAGCCUUGGUGCUCUCAUCUCAAUUCCAAGUUACCGAUGAGCGAGAUCUAAUCUACGGGGUUAUCGGUCUCACCAACAUCGCUACUAAGCUUACACUGGAAGAAAGCGACGGAGAGAUACCUAAGCUGCCAGUGGACUACUCUAUAUCGGUUUCGGAGGUCUACCAAAACACUACUAUAUUUUUGAUUCAGUCUGCACGGUCUCUAGCUAUUCUCGACUUUGCCGGAUGGGCAGAUGGGCAGGACAUGCCGCCGUCUUGGGCCCCUGACUGGCGCCGAUUCAAAUCGGAGGUUGCAGAGAGCCGCGUGUCCAGGCAAACGGAUAGCUGGAAAUAUGGCACAAUUGAUCUGAAGCAACUCGACGAGAAGAUGUCUCGUUGGCAGCCGCAGCCAAAACUGUUGAAAGCUCCCGGAGUUCUCAGCACGCGGGGUCUCGUUCUAGCCAAUGUUGGACCAACAGACGUGGACGGGUAUACAUGGAGCCCUUUUGUAUCCCCCAAACUUGUUGAAUCGGUUCUAGCGAAAUUCGCUAGUGUUGACCACUCGUCCCGGCCAGAAAGGCUGCGUGAAUUUACCAGUAUGUUUCCAGAUAUAGGUACCGGCCACCAGAAACGUUUCUUCGACAUGUUUGAGAGCGAGGAAUGGGAGCUACCUCUGAUUGACGGCACUAUCCGUUCGGUUCAGGUAACGGAGUCUGGACUUCAAGUCUUCACGCAACUGCAGGAGGAGAUAUUUGAAGGGUGGUUUGCAGAGUAUACCCGAUACGGACAGCCUUUCCCUGGCUUUCCCGCAGAGCCUUUAUGGCUGCCCACUGUGUCAGUGGCCACGGUACCUCAUAGCACCAUGCAGCGGGACUUGAUCGUCCUCCUAAGCGGUGCGCCUUACCCUUUCGUCAUGAGACCGACAGAUGGAGGGAAAUACCACCUGGUUGGCCGCUCCCUCUAUUCUCUAUGGUUUGACCACAUACCUGCGCGGUCAGCCAUGCCUUGUCGUGUGCCGAUGAGUGACUUCGCGUCGUUCGCAUGGUCUCGCGUGAUCGAGACUCUGAAUUCUUCGUCUCAGUUGGGAGAAUUUGAUAUUAUCUGA